CGGGCCAACCAGGCGGCGUUGCGGCUCCGGCUCCCUCCGCCGCCGCUGCCGCCCGCCUUCCCGCCGCCGCCAGCAGCAGCAGCCGGGCCCGUCCGCCCGCCGCCCCGAGCCCGCCGCCUGCCGCCCGCCGCCCGCGCCGGCCGCAUGGCGCUCCAGAGCUUCUGCAGCGCCGAGGGCUCGGACCCCUUCUGGGACUGGAAUGUCACGUGGUACACCAGCAACCCCGACUUCACCAAGUGCUUUCAGAACACGGUCCUCAUGUGGGUGCCUUGUUUCUACCUCUGGGCCUGUUUCCCCUUCUACUUCCUCCACCUCUCCCAACAUGACCGGGGCUACAUUCAGAUGACGCAUCUCAACAAAGCCAAAACUGCCUUGGGGUUCUUGCUGUGGAUCAUCUGCUGGGGAGACCUCUUCUAUUCUUUCUGGGAAAGAAGUCAGGGCACGCUCCUGGCCCCGGUGUUGCUGGUCAGCCCAACCCUCCUGGGCAUCACCAUGCUGCUUGCUACCUUCUUAAUACAGCUCGAGAGAAGGAAGGGGGUUCAGUCCUCAGGGAUCCUGCUCACAUUCUGGCUCAUAGCCCUGCUGUGUGCCCUGGCCAUCCUGAGAUCCAAAACCAUGACUGCCUUAAAAGAGGACGCCCAUGUGGACCUGUUCCGUGAUGUCACCUUCUACAUCUACUGUUGCCUCGUCCUGGCCCAGCUUGUACUGUCCUGUUUCUCAGACCGCUCACCCCUGUUCUCAGAAACCAUCAAUGACCCCAAUCCUUGCCCGGAGUCUGGCGCCUCCUUCCUCUCCAGAAUCACCUUCUGGUGGAUCACGGGGUUGAUGGUCCGGGGCUACCGCCAGCCCCUGACGAGCAACGACCUGUGGUCUCUGAACAAGGAGGACACGUCGGAGCAGGUGGUACCUGUUUUGGUAAAGAACUGGGAGAAGGAAUGUGCCAAAUCCAGGAGGCAGCCCGUGAAGAUCAUGUACUCCUCCUCCAAGGAGCCCACCAAGCCAAAAGGGAGUUCCAAGACGGACGUGAACGAGGAGGCGGAGGCCUUGAUUGUCAAGUCGCCCCAGAAGGAGCGGAAGCCCUCCCUGUUCAAGGUCCUGUACAAGACCUUCGGGCCCUACUUCCUCAUGAGCUUCUUCUUCAAGGCCGUGCAUGACCUGAUGAUGUUUGCCGGCCCCGAGAUCCUAAAGCUGCUCAUCAACUUCGUGAACGACAAGACGGCCCCGGACUGGCAGGGGUACUUCUACACGGCGCUGCUCUUCGUCAGCGCCUGCCUGCAGACCCUGGUCCUGCACCAGUACUUCCACAUCUGCUUCGUGAGCGGCAUGCGCAUCAAGACCGCCGUCAUCGGCGCCGUCUACCGCAAGGCGCUGGUGAUCACGAACUCAGCCAGGAAGUCCUCGACGGUGGGCGAGAUCGUGAACCUCAUGUCUGUGGACGCGCAGCGGUUCAUGGACCUGGCCACGUACAUUAACAUGAUCUGGUCAGCCCCUCUGCAAGUCAUCCUUGCUCUCUGCCUCCUGUGGCUGAACCUGGGUCCUUCCGUGCUGGCCGGGGUGGCUGUCAUGGUCCUCAUGGUGCCCUUCAAUGCUGUGAUGGCGAUGAAGACCAAGACCUACCAGGUGGCCCACAUGAAGAGCAAAGACAACCGGAUUAAGCUGAUGAACGAGAUCCUGAACGGGAUCAAGGUGCUGAAGCUGUACGCCUGGGAGCUGGCCUUCAAGGAGAAGGUGAUGGACAUCCGGCAGGAGGAGCUGAAGGUGCUGAAGAAAUCUGCCUACCUGGCGGCCGUGGGCACCUUCACCUGGGUCUGCACCCCCUUCCUGGUGGCCCUGUCCACGUUUGCCGUCUAUGUGAUGGUCGACGAGAACAACAUCCUGGACGCCCAGAAAGCCUUCGUGUCCUUGGCCUUGUUCAACAUCCUCCGCUUCCCCCUGAACAUUCUGCCCAUGGUCAUCAGCAGCAUUGUGCAGGCCAGCGUCUCCCUCAAGCGCCUCCGGAUCUUCUUGUCCCACGAGGAGCUGGAGCCCGACAGCAUCGAGCGGAGAUCGGUCAAGGACGGUGGAGGCACCAACAGCAUCACCGUGAAGAAUGCCACAUUCACCUGGGCCAGGGGCGAGCCCCCGACGCUGAACGGCAUCACGUUCUCCAUCCCGGAAGGUGCCCUGGUGGCCGUGGUGGGCCAGGUGGGCUGCGGGAAGUCGUCCCUGCUCUCAGCCCUCCUGGCCGAAAUGGACAAGGUGGAGGGGCACGUGGCUCUCAAGGGCUCCGUGGCCUACGUGCCCCAGCAGGCCUGGAUCCAGAACGACUCCCUGCGAGAAAACAUCCUCUUCGGCCGGCAGCUGCAGGAGCGCUACUACCAGGCCGUGCUGGAGGCCUGCGCCCUCCUCCCGGACCUGGAGAUCCUGCCCAGCGGGGACCGCACGGAGAUCGGGGAGAAGGGCGUGAACCUGUCCGGCGGCCAGAAGCAGCGCGUGAGCUUGGCGCGGGCCGUGUACUGCGACGCCGACAUAUACCUCUUCGACGACCCCCUCUCGGCGGUGGACGCCCACGUGGGCAAGCACAUAUUUGAAAGUGUGGUCGGCCCCAAGGGCAUGCUGAAGCACAAGACGCGGAUCCUGGUCACACACAGCAUCAGCUACCUGCCGCAGGUGGAUGUCAUCGUGGUCAUGAGUGGCGGCAAGAUCUCCGAGAUGGGCUCUUACCAGGAGCUGCUGGCCCGGGACGGGGCCUUCGCUGAGUUCCUGCGCACCUACGCCAGCGCCGAGCAGGAGCAGGAUGCGGAGGAUGAGGGGUUAACGGGCAGCAGCGGCCCUGGGAAGGAGACGAAGCAGAUGGAGAACGGCAUGCUGGUGACCGACGGCGGGGGGAAGCCGCUGCAGAGACAGCUCAGCAGCAGUUCCUCCUACAGCGGGGACAUCAGCAGGCAACACAACAGCACCACUGAGCUCCAGAAGCCUGGGGCCAAGGAGGAGGAGACCUGGAAGCUGAUGGAGGCGGACAAGGCCCAGACGGGACAGGUCAAGCUGUCCGUGUACUGGGACUACAUGAAGGCCAUUGGACUCUUCAUCUCCUUCCUGAGCAUCUUCCUCUUCUUGUGUAACCACGUCUCCUCCCUGGCUUCCAACUACUGGCUCAGUCUCUGGACGGAUGACCCCGUCGUCAACGGAACCCAGGAGCACACCAAAGUCCGCCUGAGCGUGUAUGGGGCCCUGGGCAUUUCACAAGGAAUCGCCGUGUUCGGCUACUCCAUGGCCGUGUCCAUCGGGGGCAUCUUCGCCUCCCGCCGUCUGCACCUGGACCUGCUGCACAAUGUCCUGCGCUCACCCAUGAGCUUCUUCGAGCGGACGCCCAGCGGGAACCUGGUGAACCGCUUCUCCAAGGAGCUGGACACGGUCGACUCCAUGAUCCCACAGGUCAUCAAGAUGUUCAUGGGCUCCCUGUUCAGCGUCGUGGGCGCCUGCAUCAUCGUGCUGCUGGCCACGCCCAUCGCCGCCGUCAUCAUCCCCCCGCUGGGCCUCGUCUACUUCUUUGUGCAGAGGUUCUACGUGGCCUCAUCACGGCAGCUGAAGCGCCUGGAGUCGGUGAGCCGCUCCCCGGUGUACUCGCACUUCAACGAGACCCUGCUGGGCGUCAGCGUCAUCCGCGCCUUCGAGGAGCAGGAGCGCUUCAUCCGCCAGAGCGACCUGAAGGUGGACGAGAACCAGAAGGCCUACUACCCCAGCAUCGUGGCCAACAGGUGGCUGGCCGUGCGGCUGGAGUGUGUGGGCAACUGUAUCGUGCUGUUCGCCGCGCUGUUUGCCGUCAUCUCCCGGCACAGCCUCAGCGCGGGCCUGGUGGGCCUCUCAGUGUCGUACUCGCUGCAGGUCACCGCAUACUUGAACUGGCUGGUUCGGAUGUCGUCCGAGAUGGAGACCAACAUUGUGGCCGUGGAGAGACUCAAGGAGUAUUCAGAAACUGAGAAGGAGGCUCCCUGGCAAAUCCAGGAGACGGCUCCACCCAGCACCUGGCCCCAGGUGGGCCGAGUGGAAUUCCGGGACUACGGGCUGCGGUACCGGGAGGACCUGGACCUGGUUCUCAAGCACAUCAAUGUCACCAUCGACGGUGGUGAGAAGGUUGGCAUCGUGGGGCGGACAGGAGCAGGCAAGUCCUCCCUGACGCUGGGCUUGUUCCGGAUCAACGAGUCAGCAGAAGGCGAGAUCAUCAUCGAUGGCGUGAACAUCGCCAAGAUCGGCCUGCACGACCUGCGCUUCAAGAUCACCAUCAUCCCCCAGGACCCCGUGUUGUUCUCCGGUUCCCUGCGCAUGAACCUGGACCCAUUCAGCCGCUACUCAGACGAGGAAGUGUGGACGUCCCUGGAGCUGGCUCACCUGAAGGAGUUCGUGUCCGCCCUCCCCGACAAGCUGAACCACGAGUGUGCGGAAGGCGGGGAGAACCUGAGUGUCGGGCAGCGCCAGCUUGUGUGCCUGGCGCGGGCUCUGCUGAGGAAGACGAAGAUCCUGGUGCUGGACGAGGCCACAGCGGCCGUGGACCUGGAGACGGACGACCUCAUUCAGUCCACCAUCCGGACGCAGUUUGACGACUGCACCGUGCUCACCAUUGCCCACCGGCUCAACACCAUCAUGGACUACACCAGGGUGAUCGUCCUGGACAAAGGCGAAGUCAGGGAGUGCGGCUCGCCCUCCCAGCUGCUGCAGCGGAGGGGCCUCUUCUACAGCAUGGCCAAGGACGCCGGCUUGGUGUGAGCCCCGGAGCUCAGAACUGCAGGGCCCAUGAGCAGCGUCCCGGGCCAGACCUGCACCGAAACCAAACACACAAACCAAACCCAGAAAACCAAAACACACCCAGAGAGCAGCAGCCACCCUGCAGCCCUGUGCCUGAAGUCGGCCUUGUGGAAACAGGAGAGACAAGACACAGACGCCGCCGUCCCCAAAACACACACACCUGCUUCCUGUCUCCCUUGAGACACAUGCCUUCACCGCCCCCAGGGAACGCGAGCCUGGCUCCCGGCGCAGGCAGGUGUGUAAAAGAUGCUAGUGACCAAAUCCAGCCACGCCUGAGAUCUCUCCAUCCAAAGUCUGGGGGUGCCGAGGCUUUGAGAAGCCCUCGGCCCCCUGCCCACUCUCCCCACUGCCUCCAGCAUCCUUGCCUGGUUCCUCGAGGAAGGCUUCGUGUCAUUGGGGCUGCAGUUUUGAGGUUGAGUACAGUGAACGUCACCACCAUUGUCACCAUUGUCCCAGGGACCCAGAUAAUGCUCUCACCAGCCGUCGGGCCUUCCAGGAGCUGGGGUGCUGGGAGGCGGCCUCCACCGGGACUUGCCGCAGUGGCCACAGGCAGUCUCCUGCCCCCACGCACCGACGAGCGGAGGGUCUGGACCCGAAGCCCCAGGGUCGGGGUCUCGUCUCUGAGCGCCGACCUCCCCGCUCGCUGGCCCUGCUGCCACCCCGGCUCUCCUUCUUGCUGCUCCUCACCUGUUGCCAGGGUGGCUUCGCCCCUGCUGGGGCCCUCAGGGGCUGAAGGGCUGCUCUGGUUAGGACGCAUCCAAAGGACAGAGUGCCAGGCACCUCCUGGUGUGACCAGUCGGUACCCGAAGUCUCCCCGAGUCGCCUCCUGGUUUCCAGUCCUCAAGUCUCGCCCUUGGUGUCUGCUGGGCUGUCCAGGGUGGCGGUGCUGAGAACCCAGCGUUGGCUGCUCCUCUGCCCAGACAAGAUUCUGCUCACGAGUAUCAGAGAGUUUCUUUUUAUUUUAUUUUUUUUAACUGAAAAAAGUACUGCCCCCAGGAGAAAAUCCGUCAGAAGCGUUUAAUUCCUUGGGAAGAAGCAUUGGACCGAGGACCAGCCUUCCCAGGGAGUCGCCAAAGCCGGCCUGCACUUGACCGUGGGGCUUGUGUUCCCGGAGGAGGAUGGACCCGGAGCCCCUCUCAGCCUGUCCCGCGGGGGUCUCUGUUGCAAGCAAAGCCAGACCCCGGCCGCGGAGCGCGCUCGCUGCUGCCCUGGGUCGUACUUGCUACGAAUUACGUUGCUGACUUCAAGCCAGAGAAAGCAUCUUUCUUCUCUUAGGUGAAAUAUAUAUUUAUUUUUUUGUAAGUUAUACCAUUCUCUCACGUUGAAGAAACCAAGUUUUUCUUGGGAAUCUUUUUGUAAUGACUUAACACUGGAAACGUGAAUAUUUGCAAAUAAUUUGCAGUAAAAAAAAUUAUUUCUUUCUAGACAAACGUUCCAUUUUC